GUAGCCGGCCUUUUUGUGUUACGGACCGCAUUCUAGCCUUCUGCGGGGGGAGGAGGAUUGGCAGCCAAGAUUCGGUUGAUUGGCACGAUACAACUCAAUAUAUGUAAGGGGGCUUUGUGGCUGGUGUUGCAUAAAUUGGCUUGUUGGUAACCCAACAGAGAUUCGAGUCCAGCCCGAAUUCCCCUCUCCAAGAUUUUCUCUUUUCCUUUCCUUUUCCCUAUUCUUAUUCCUUGACAGCAAGCGUUCAUAUUCUUUAUCAAUAUUCACAAUGGCACCCUCAGCUACCGAGCCUAGCACCAAUCCCCUGGACUUCCAGAGCGGCUUUGUCCAGAUCAUCAACGGCAAAAGCUCGCCCACGGCAACUACCCGCCAUGGCAUCAACCCAGCAACUCUCAAGGCGAAGCCUGAGGUUCCCCUAGCCACCAAGGAAGACCUUGACAGUGCGGUUGCUGCUGCAAAGGAGGCUUUCAAGAAAUGGUCCAAGGUUCCCUAUGAGGAACGCAAAGCCGCUGUGCUAGCAUUUGCAGAUGCUAUUGACAAGCAGCGGGUCGAGUUCCGCGACCUGUUAAUCUCAGAACAAGGAAAGCCUAUUCCCCAAGCAGAUGGCGAAACCAAUGCGGCUAUCGAGUGGAUCAGGGGCAUGGCCAACAUCAAAAUCCCCGAAGAUGUCAUCGAAGACAACGAGAGACACACCGUCAUCACAAGAUACAUGCCCCUGGGUGUUGUCGCUGCCAUUGUCCCCUGGAACUUCCCCCUCUUGCUGGCAACGGGAAAGAUUGCCCCUGCUCUGCUCACAGGAAACGUCAUCAUCGUCAAGCCAUCACCCUUCACACCUUACUGUGGCCUUAAGAUCGUCGAGUUGGCACAACAGUUCUUCCCACCUGGUGUUGUCCAGUCUCUCAGUGGAGAUGACAACCUUGGCCCGUGGCUUACAAGCCACCCGGGCAUCGACAAAAUCAGCUUUACUGGCUCAACACAGACCGGAAAGCUGGUUAUGCAGAGUGCAUCCAAGACUCUGAAGAGAGUAACUCUUGAGCUUGGUGGCAAUGACCCGGCCAUCGUCUUCCCAGACGUAGACGUCGACAAGGUCGCCCUAUACGCCUUCCUCAACUCCGGCCAAGUCUGCCUGAACCUCAAGCGCAUCUACAUCCACGAGUCCAUCUACGAAGAAUUCCGCGACGCCAUGGUCAAGCACAUCAAGGCCUACACCCUCGGCAACGGCGCCGACGCCGGCGUCAGCCACGGCCCGCUCCAAAACUCCAUGCAGUACGACCGCGUCAAGACCUUCUUCGACGACAUCGAGAAGCAAGGGUGGAAGGUCGCCGUCGGCGGCAAGAUUGAGCCCCCGACCAACGGGUUCUACAUUGCCCCUACGGUCAUUGACCGACCACCUGAGAAUUCCCGCAUUGUCGUUGAGGAGCCUUUUGGUCCCAUCGUCCCUCUUCUCUCAUGGAGUACUGAAGAAGAAGUCAUUGCCCGCGCCAACAACACAACCAUGGGCCUCGGUGCCUCAAUCUGGUCCAACGACAUUGAAAAGGCGGCUAAAAUUGGUCGUGAAAUGGAGGCCGGCACUGUCUGGAUCAACACACACUUUGAAAUCUCCCCCAUUGUGCCCUUUGGUGGACACAAGGAGAGUGGCAUCGGCGCCGAGUGGGGACUCAACGGACUCAAGAGCUUCUGCAAUGUUCAGUCAAUGUUUGUAAGCAAGCAGGUCGUAAGCUAGAGAUUCUGCAAACCAGAAAGAUACCAAGAAUAAUAUACCUUGUUGAUAAUAAUAAUGGGGCAGAGUGCGUGGCGGAGACGACUUUGCUUCAUGUUCCUUCAGCAAACACUUGCUUAGCAUCUACGAUUGACAAUGUAUCCCAGCACAGUAAAGAUAGGGUUGCAGAAGAGGCAUAUCGCAAUGAGUGAGCGUCAACAGACGCCCUCGUGUAUUAAAUAGCAUAUAAUUCUCAUCUCAAGGUGCGCCAAACAUGCGAAACUACCUAGUUGCCGAUUUUUCCAAAUUGAUAUGUGCAUAAGUCAUACUGCUGAAUCCAAAAAAGGGCUAUAACAUCAUUUUCACCGUUUGUC